AUGCUCAGUUCUCCCUGCAUGAUGCGCGACGCCCUCCUUCUUCUCAGUAGCAUUACUGCCAUAGCCACAACAUAUGCUUCUCCAGUAGCUUCGUCAACGACUUCUAUAAUUACUCCGCCUCUCACCACAUCAAUACUUGAUCCAGUUGCGCCCCCUGUCAUUGCAGCCGUUACGACUCCAGAGGAUAUACACAUGGUCAUUCGGGCGGUCCGCAGUUUAGCUUCUGACAUGUAUUUUACUGCCAGUAAUAUUGGAGGCCGUGGUGUAGAAGUCGAGAUCAUCGGGAAUACAUACCUACGAUGUCGAGAUAUGAUUGAAGGGGUCCAGCAGGCGUUCGACAAGAUCGGCGGUCGGCCCCAAACCCCUUUCUCAUAUGAGAAUCAAAAGGGUAUUUGUUCCAUGUUCGACUUAUUCGGCAUCGACCAAUCAAAGCUCCUCACAAUGUUGGUGAGAGAUCUGGAGAGUAUAUCAAGGGACGGCUUUAUCGACCACUUUGGGGAUUGCUUCCAGCGUCUUCAGCCUGCACUGAAUAUGUUUAUUGAAGAACUGACAUCUUAUGCACCCGAUUGUGAAUUCGAGAUGCUGAGGAGAAAGGACCAGCUUGAGGUUGGGCUGAGUAAUGCAUUGGGAAGGGUGCUGGGCUAUCGGGCGGGACAUGCCCCAGACCGCAUUCCUUUGGCAUUAGACUGA